AUGGCUGCUGCUAUCAGAAGGGAAUACGAUGCGAUACGACGAAGCCAAAGCCCUAUACCGGAUGAUCCUUUUACAGGAGCAGAUCCUGAAAAUCGGUCUGGACACGCUCAUCGAUGUCCUGAAUUAAACCCGAAUUCAGGUGCUUUAGGUGUAUCUUUCGAAGAGCUGCUGCGAAAUGCAAGACCAUUAGAAGAACGACAACAGCAAAGGCUUGCUAGAAACGAAACAAUAUCAGGAUUGAGCCAUCAUCAACCACCGCGUCGCCAAAAUCGCCCAAACUGGCGCCCUGGACCUCCUAGCGGCUCGGCCAGGGCGCCAGCAACAGCACCUCGGCUGACACCAGCCGGUUUUGAGACUCGACCCCGAGCCGAUCCUCCAGCAGCCGCCCAAAUUCCAGGAAAUCCACGAACUGCUGCCGGUCCAGUUGCAGCAGCUGCCCAGGCUAUCGCUUGGGCGCCUUCGACGAUUUGGACGCCGCCUGUGAUUUGGCGGCGGCCUCCAGGGGUCUGGCGCCAGCAGAUUCAGAACCAACAGUGCCCUCCAAACCAACAACAACAGCAGCUGUUGUUGGGGGCACUGGUUUGGCCUCAUUGGGCGCCACCUUUAAGCACUCCCCAUGGGCCUCCGAGAGUCCAAGCCCAGGGCAGUCUAGAGGCUGAGCUUAGAUGGAUGAAUUUGCACGAUAGUAACAAUAUGAGACGUUCUAGUAGGUGA